AUGAAGCCCUCUCACGUCGAUGAUGACAUUGCGAACCCGCCAUGCGCCCCUCCCCUCUUGACAGGGAUGUGGGCCGGCACGUCCUUGACCCCGCCCCCUCGCACCUCCCCACCAUCCACCUCGCCGACUCGCUUAUGCUCCCCACCCUCUCACCCUCGCACGCUCACCUGCCCUGAUCCUCUGGCCCCUGCCUUCUCUCGUGCUCCCACCGCACCCCACCAACUCACCUCGCCACCUUGGUUCAUACCUCACCCCAAGCCUUCCCCCCUUGAGACAGCGACGACCCGACGACGGAGGCAGGGCGAGCAAUGCACGCUUGUGCAAGCCUUCUCCGGCCCCACCUGCCCACUCGCUCAUCACCACGCCUCCUCGCCAUACCACCUUGCCAUACCACCUCACCCCGACCAUCCAACCACCCCACUUUCCACCCAAACACUUGCCCUUCAACCGGGACGUGGCUUGCUUGCUCUAAGCAGCCACCUACCACAUGGCGCAGCCACUUCCCCUCGCCUCUCGUCGCCUCCUCCCUUCUCCUUCGAAGCCACUCACGACGACGAUGACAAGGGCAGCACAAUGAUGACAAGGGCAGCACAACAACAACAACAACAACAACAGCACAACGAUGAGGACAGAGGACAGUACGUCAAGGACGACAACGAUGGCGGCAGCGGCAGCGGCAUGACGAGGACGAGGGCACGACGACGAGGAGGACAGCACGACGAUGAGGAGGACAGCACGAUGACGACACGACGAUGA